ACCUAAAAGCAAUCUCAAUCUUCACCAGGGCGGAACGUUGUUUUGGAGAGAGGCAAUAACUUUUCUUUCCAGACCAGGGAGUUCAGAUAAGUUAACUCAAUUGCCUAGUCAACAAAUUGAUUGAAUACUAUAUUUGAACUGAGAGGUAAACUUUCAACGCGACAAUUUGAGCGAUAUCAUUGUCAUGUCGAAGCCUACGCAUAGGCUAUACGCAAUUUAGGUUAAAUCCUCACCAGAUGUGUUAUUAUCAACUUCCUCGAUAUAAAAUGAAUAUGUCACCCGGCCAACCGUUUGCAACAUAGUCUAUCAGGUUCUUAUCCAACGCCAGCUGCGCGAAUUGAACAGAUAAAUUUCAGCAGUUUGAGGCUAGGCUACAAACGGUUUAUGAUGCGCUGUCCAUGGUGCUAAAAUCGUUUCCUCCGGUUCAAGUCUUCAGUCGGAAACUGCGAAUACAUAAAUCCAGUUAAAAUGUCUUCUUCGGCUUAUUAAACUCGUCUAUUACACCGACUUCUUUGAUGUGUUUGUGCACUUAUCUAUCUUCCUGUGUUGUGUUUGGAGUAGUGCGCGUGAGGUAGCGCCCAAAGGGGUGGAACGAAGCGAAGUUCAGUGUCUCUCUCGUGAGCCAAGCUGCGUACGGGCAGUCUCACAGCGCAAUACGCUCACCGGAGAGAGCCAGACAUUUCGUGCUGUUUGUAGCCUGCUGUUUCCCGUUAACGGACUAAAUCGCCGUUGUUUCACAGGGUAGGGACAGUUCCCCAGUAGACUACCGGACGAGAGAUGAAUCAAGCUGCGCGAGGGACUUUGCUGCUCCUCGUCUUUGUGUUGAUAAUGCAAGACUGCUUCUCCUCUAAAGGGGAGGACAGGUUGUUCAGGAGGCUGUUCCGGAGGUACAACCAGUUUAUCAGACCGGUGGAGAACGUCUCAGACCCCGUCACCGUGGAGUUUGAGGUUUCCAUGUCACAGCUCGUAAAAGUGGAUGAAGUGAAUCAGAUCAUGGAGACAAAUCUGUGGCUGAGACACAUCUGGAACGACUACAAGCUAAGCUGGGCCCCAGUAGAGUUUGAUGGGAUUGAGUUCAUCAGAGUUCCAUCCAACAAGAUCUGGAGACCUGACAUAGUGCUUUAUAACAAUGCUGUGGGAGACUUCCUGGUUGAAGAUAAGACCAAAGCUCUGUUGAAGUUUGACGGUACAGUCACCUGGGUUCCCCCUGCCAUCUUUAAGUCCUCCUGCCCCAUGGACAUCACCUACUUCCCCUUUGACUACCAGAACUGCUCCAUGAAGUUUGGCUCCUGGACCUACGACAAGGCCAAGAUCGACCUGGUGCUCAUUGGGUCAAAGGUCAACCUCAAAGACUUCUGGGAGAGCGGCGAGUGGGAGAUCAUCGAUGCUCCGGGCUACAAGCAUGACAUCAAGUACAACUGUUGCGAGGAGAUCUACCCAGACAUCACCUACUCCUUCUACAUCAGACGCCUGCCUCUCUUCUACACCAUCAACCUCAUCAUCCCCUGUCUCCUCAUCUCUUUUUUAACAGUCCUGGUCUUCUACCUGCCCUCCGACUGCGGAGAGAAGGUGACCCUCUGUAUCUCUGUCCUCCUCUCCCUCACUGUGUUCCUUCUGGUGAUCACUGAGACCAUCCCGUCCACCUCCCUGGUCAUCCCCCUCAUCGGGGAGUACCUCCUCUUCACUAUGAUCUUCGUCACCCUCUCAAUCGUCAUCACCGUGUUCGUCUUGAACGUCCACUACCGUACGCCAAUGACCCACACCAUGCCGGGCUGGGUCAGGUCCGUCUUUCUCAGGGUGCUACCAAGAGUCAUGCUGAUGAGACGGCCCAUAGACCAGGACGGCAAGGCCCUCUGUUCAGACAGCGGGGAGGAGAGAGGAGCAGGAGGAGGAGGUGGAGGAGGGAAAGGAGGAAAGAAGAGGAAGAAUAGUCUGACGGGAGGGAACUGCCUGGAGUUCGGAGACAACAAACUGACUGAGGGAGGAUGUGGAGAAAGAGGGGGAAAGAAGUGCCCUUGCCCCUGCCAACAUGGGAAGGAGACCCUAGAGACAACAGAUCCGGGGAAACUGAGCCGCCAGCUGAGUCCUCAGAGCAUCAACACGGUGGUGGCCUUCUCCGUCCUGUCCCCGGAGAUUAAACAGGCCAUCGAGAGCGUCAAGUACAUCGCCGAGAACAUGAGGAGCCGCAACAAGGCCAAAGAGGUGGAGGAUGAUUGGAAGUACGUUGCCAUGGUGAUAGACAGAAUCUUCCUGUGGGUGUUUGUGACAGUGUGCAUCCUCGGAACCCUCGGCCUCUUCCUGCAGCCUGUCAUUGGCUUCCUGUCAUAACCCAGAACCAAUAAGGGCUCACUGACACCACCGGCUGCCUCCACGUCUCGACCAGUCACCAAUCAGUGUUGUCAGUCCAUCGCCACCAAAUGGACUUGUUGGCUUUGUGUUGAAAAUUCUAAAUAAAUAAAUGACACAAUCAUACUGUAUAUAUUGUAGACAGCAAGAACCAAUCAACAGUCACCAAUCGGAGUCAACCGGGUAUGAGUUAGAACCAAGAACCAAUCAGAGUCGCUGGAUGUGAGUCAUAACCAAUUACCAAUCACAUAAAUCAGGUUUCUGUCGUGAACCAAUCCCGGUUAUUGUGCUAUUGUGUCUUAACCAAUCAGAAAUCCCGUUCUUGCCGGUCAGGCGAUUAGAAUCCAUCCAUGUGAUUUAGAACACGACAACGACGCUGUUCUUAUCAAUGUUCUAGAAGGUAUAAUUGGCAAGGCCUCUGUAAAUACGUGCCGGAUUAAAUUAGCCUGAACGGUUUCCAUCCAGAAAUAGCAGCUUCCUCUUCUAUACAGGUAUUAAUUCAUCUAAGGGAUUUCUAUCAUCCGAUUCCAUGACUAUUAAUUUGUGUUUUUUAUUCAUUCUUUUUAAUUAAAUUUCUGGAUUCAACGAUCUCCUGAAAUACAAUACGUAGAUCAUGCAUGAUGGAUUUAGAAUGGCUGCUUCCCAAUUGGCACCCUAUACCUUACAUAGUGCAUUGCUUUUGACAGAGCCCUGUGGGCAGCACUAUGGGCCCUGCUCACAAAUAGUGCACUAUAUAGGGAAUAGGGUGCCAUUUGGGAUGCAGAAAAUGGGUGACCAGGGUCUCCGCAUCUAUAUAUAAUUACCAUAAGACAAUUCUAUAAUAAUGAUAAUUAUAUUACUAUACAGUACUGUCAGAUUUUAGGAUAACAGUUUUUUUUGUAUGGUUAUUGUCAUUAAUCCAACGCAUUAAGGCUUUUCGUUGUUUGUUUAAUUAGCAAGGCACACCUCGCACCCAAGUGACUGUCACUUUGGUACCGAUGUCUCCUGCUUUCUGUAUAGUAUGGAUGCACUACUUUAUGGAUUUGGAAUAAAUGCAAUAUU